AUGCCAGAAGUGGAAAAAUUCGAAGAUCUCAACACAACAAUUCGGAAUGCAAUCCUGCGUUCGAAUCUUAAGAUUUUGUACAGAAAUGUUGAAAACAUCGAUAUGUACGUUGGUUGUCUGUUAGAAGAUCCACUGGAAGAUGCAUUUAUUGGACCCACAUUGGCUUGUAUCAUUUCAGAACAGUUCAGGAGGCUACGAUCUGGCGAUCGGUACGAUUUUUGGAGUUUUCAC